GGUAUAUUUUGUAGAAAAAAACUUUUGAGGCUCAGAUCAUCCCAAGAAGAUACAUAGUAGAGGGAGAGGACUUGAAGGUAGGAAGAGGAAACACAGAGAAAAGGAUGGCGUUUGGGGCUGUGGGGUGGGGGAGCAAGAGGAGGGAAAGUUGGUCCAGAGAAGAUGCGCCCCUUCAGUGGAAGUGAGCAAAAAUCACCCAAUUAGCUGUCUUAUGAAAACUGGCAAGGGGCUGAGCUCUAGCUCCUAGUUGACCAGGGUAUUUAAUAGAAACCACACUUGUAUUUUAGAUAAACGCUGAAUUUCUCUUAUUUCCCCUCCCAUAGGCUAGUGGGUCUUAAAUUUUCGUUGUACACAUUAGCCCUACUCUGAGAUUCUGUUUGAAUGGGUUCUAGGUAGGGCAUAGGAAGACAUUUUUAACAGGCUCCCAGGAUAAUUCUGAGGCAGGUAGUCUGCAUUAGAAAGGCAUUGCCCUUAGGUUAUUAUCGUUGGGUAAGUAUUUAGUAAAUCUGAGAGAAGAGCCAAACAUACAGUAAAGGUAUGCUUAGUCGUAGAGUGCAAAUUAUGGGGCCACUGAAUAAAAUGCUUCUAACCCAGUGGAUUUCUACAGUAGGAGAUUCCUGAGCUGAGUUUUAAAGGAGAAGGAUGUCUCAGGCUUUGGACCUGGUGAGCAAAGGCACAGAGGUGACAAACAGCAUAUAUGUUCAGAUCUGGUCUCAAUAGAGUCAAUGGAAACCAAGUGGUAAAAUGAGACUAAGUUACACAGAGGUUACACCAAGAACGUUGCAUUUCUGUAGAUUUAAGGCUUUGCAGGGGGAGGGGCAAGGAGUAAUGUACAAAGUAGAUUGACAUUUUAGAUAGAUCCCCAGUGACUGAAAGAGAUGGAACACAAGGACCGGAAGAUUGUAAAAACCACUUCAAAUCAUGAGUUGUAGAAAUCAAAGCAGCAAAUAAUGGUUUGAAAAAUUUUGUUGUUAAAAUGUUUUCAGUGUAACAAUUUGCAUUUCAUAGGGACUUGGACAAAACAGUCAUUGUAGAAAUGUGAAAGGAGUAUAAGUUUGCCUUCUAAGUUACAGAUAAUUCAGCACAGUACCAAACAUAAUUUGGUGUUCAAGACCCAAGAAGGUUGGUUAGGUGACACAAGCAUACCCGUCUCUCAUUCCAAAAGCCACCAUCAGUGGGGCCUCUAAGGUUUGUACUUGGGCUUCUUAAUAUCUCAGUUUCUCUACACUUUAAAUAUAAACCAAACCACCAAAAAUCAUGACAACCUCAUUUCUCUUUUAUUUACACUAGCAAAGUGGGGCUGGGAGAAAUAAGGACCCCCAAAAAUGUACCAUCUGCAGCUCUAUCACAAAGUCUAAAAGAGCAUUUCUACUUUUCAAAGGUAAUCUUUAUGGGAAAGCGGGCUUGAUAAAAAGCACUCAAUAAUGACGAAUUACUAUUCUCAGAAGGUGCUGUGUGCCACAUACAUAUGUAGGCUGGGGCCUUAGCACUGCCAGUUACUGCCAAAUGUGCUGGAAGUCUUAAUUUUUUCUACGAUAAGAAAAAAACGGCUUUGUCAGUUUUUAGCGGUUGACUGAUUUUUGUUGCUUUUUAAACAUGAGAAAAUGGGUUACAAUGAAGGCUGCUUGGAAUCUCAUAAUUGUGACUGUGAUGUUAUUUAAUGCCCAACGCAAAUAAGAGCCUGGAUGGCCAUAAAAGCAGGGGAUAUAUUUUAAAUGAGUUGGCAUUCCUCUAUUUUGGCAAAACGGAACUGAAGUUAACAUAGUCGUCUUGUAACCUGCUGCUGACAGUCUGGUUUAGGGAGGUACUUGUGCCUGGUGUAUUGGAAGAUUCGGAAUUAUGGAGAGAAACCUCAGGGUCAAUGCCAAGUUCUCUUUUGAUAGACGAGUUUCUCAAGAGGAAAAGUGCUGUGUUGCAUAAUAUUUUUGUGUCAGUUUUAUGUACAUCGUGGCAGAAAUACUCCUCUAGGGUGACUGGAGAACAACAGAUUAUUGGAAGAAGAGUAGUGUGAAAAGGAGAGGUGGCAGCAAGAUAGAAUUACUGUAAACCUAUUUCCUUCCAAGCCAGCUCUUAUUUUAGAUUGAGAGAUCCAAAGCAGAGGCGCCGUCUCCUUGACCAACCCUGACUCCUGGCCGUUUGUAAACGCCAGUUUAUCACGUUGUUUUGUAUUCUAUUGGAAAAGGGGAAGAAUGCCUCCCGGUUCCUCGGAGUUCCGGCCUUUGUCCUUUUCGGCUCACCAUUGGCUGAAACCGUUGAGCCCACCCCCAACCCCCACCCCUUCCGCUGCUGUCCGGGCCUUCAAGCACAAGGGCGGGACUUUGUGACGUAGGCCUGACGUCUCCAGGGGUAUAUAAGACCCUGCUGGAGCGCCGACUCCUCCAGGAGCCGCCGGCAAGGGGGCUGCGAGGAAGCUCGUUAGAGCGUAGCCGGAAAGGAGAAGUUGAGAUUACAAACAUCUUGCUAGAAUGAUUUCUUCAAAGCCCAGACUUGUCAUACCUUAUGGCCUCAAGACUCUGCUUGAGGGAGUUAGCAGAGCCAUUCUCAAAACCAAUCCACCAAACAUCACCCAGUUUGCAGCAGUUUAUUUCAAAGAACUUAUUGUAUUUAGAGAAGGAAAUAAUUCUCUGGAUAUAAAAGAUCUGGUUAAACAAUUUCAUCAGACUAAAGUGGAGAAGUGGUCAGAAGGAAGGGCACAAGAGAAGAAACUAGAAGGUGUGAAAGAACCAGAAAGAACACCUGUGGUUUCCCAGGAACCUAAACGGAUGGAAAAAUCUACGGACACAGAGGAGGACAACAUCACAUUACCGCAGUUUAGCAACAAAACCACUCAGUUCCCAUCAGUUCACGCUGAGCUGCUCUCAGACCCUGAGGACGUGACAGAAGUAGCUCACGGUCCUUCGAAACCGACCACCCCGAAGAAUGCCACCCCACCCUCAUCGCCGCCACCAGCAGCCGUGUCACCUGAGUUUGCCUAUGUCCCCGCUGACCCGGCUCAGUUUGCUGCCCAGAUGUUAGGUAAUGUUUCACCUGUUCAUUCUGAUCAAUCUGACAUUUUAAUGGUGGAUGUGGCAACGAGUAUGCCUGUUCUUUCCGAGGAGAUGCUGAGCUCAGAGGCUGCUGAAGAUACCGUGGUGGCCACUCCUACUGUGUACUCUCGAGGGAUGGUGGCGCUGCAGGUUCUGAGCCAAACAUCUGUCCGUGUAGAUUUGGGUUCUGACACUACAGACGAUAAGGCUGAAUCACCAACGGCUUCCUCCUUCCCCUUGCAGGUUGAACAAGAACCUCCUGUUUAUGAUCAAGCUCCUGAGGUCCCUUUGCAGGCUGACAUUGAGGUGACAUCCACCAUGCACAUAGCAUCUAUCUAUAAGAAUGAGCCUGUGAUUGAAGGAGUUCCUUAUGUCGAGCAAACACCAGAACACAUAGUUACCCCUUUUUCUGAUCACGUGGCUCGUCUAAAAGGAAACGAGCAGUCACCACCCCUCAGUCCCAUACUUGCAGUAGGCAAGACAGCCUCGGGUGUGUCUGAAAAAUCUUGGGGUUCCACAAAAUUUGUGCAGUUGGAGAGCGCCAAAGAUGACUCCUCAGUGGAGUCAUACGUGGAGGCAGACGGCGCUACUAAAGCCGUGAGCGCUGAGAACUCCAUGCACCUGGAAGUGGAGAUCUUUGCGCUCGUCCCUGGCAGCGCUGGGCAGGAGGAGUCGUGGGCCAACCCCGCAGCCCAGGAGACGGAGGUCAAACCUGCGUUCUCGGGGGCUGCCGCAGUAGUGCACUCAGGCGCGUCUGUAAGAUCAUCUAGUGGCCCCCGCCUUCCUGUUCCCGAAGGGCUUAAUGAACCAGAAAUGGAACCAGAAUGGGAGGCAGCACCUGGACAAGGUUUGAUGGAGCCAGCAAUAGCAGCAGGCGAAGCAGGACAGCCACCACCAUAUUCUAACACGUGGACCCUUUAUUGUCUAACUGACAUGAAUCAGCCAAGUCGCCCGUCACCGCCACCUGCACCUGGGCCUUUCCCCCACGCAGCCCUCUAUUUAUCUAACUCUAAGGAUCCACAGUUUCUGCAGCAUCCACCGAAAGUUACUUCUCCAACUUAUGUGAUGGUGGACGACAGCAAGAAGACCAGUGCCCCGCCCUUUAUUUUGGUAGGCUCCACCGUUCAGGAGGCGCAGGAUUGGAAACCUGUCCCUGGACAUGCUGUUGGUUCCCAGUCAGAUGCCUUGAAGAGAUACGCUGCAGUACAAGUGCCCAUUGCUGUUCCUGCAGAUCCGAAAUUCCAGAAACAUACCCCAAACUCCCAGAAUGCUAGUCCUCCUACAAGUGGACACGAUGUCCCCAGACCACAAAGCCCAGUUUUCCUUUCUGUCGCUUUCCCAGUAGAAGAUGUAGCCAAAAAGGGUUCAGGAUCUGGUGACAAACGUACUCCCUUUGGAAGUUACGGUAUUGCUGGAGAAAUAACCGUGACUACUGCUCAUGUUCGCAGAGCAGAAACAUAAAACUGGCAGAUGCCGAACACGACACCGUUUGAGUCGACGUUCAAGGUGGAGUUCGCCACCAAGCGUAAUAUAUCAAUAAACUUCAUGCAAGCAUACAA